CGAUCUUUGUCUCUCCUACACCACACUGGCUAGCUCUGAGCACUGUCCAUAUACACUGCAAAUCACGCUCUACGCUGACCGGGCAUCUCGCGCGCAUCACUACAUCACCCCACCCUGCUGGCAUUCACGUGCGAGCGAACGCCGAUCCAAAACACCCAGCCACCACACAUCGCCCACGCAAUCAUGACCGCACACUCUCCGCUACACUCGCCCUCGUCGCACUCUGAGCGACCAAAGGGCAUCUUGAAGAACUCCGGCUCAUACCGAUCGAACUCGCAGAGCUCGUCGUCCGGCGAUGCUGCACCCGCUGUCAGCCCCGCCGCCGAGCGCCCCCAUCUUGGUCGCGAAAAGUCUGAGAAGGAAAUCGUGCUCGAGAACACACUGCACAAUGCUGGUCAAGGUCACCGCCGCUCGUCCUCAAACCCCCGCGGCUCCACAUCACGACGUCAAUCGGGCGCCAGUCCCCAUCUGGAUGAGAAUAGCCCCCAGCUCAAGUGGGAUGAGGCCAACCUCUACAUAAACGAGCAGAAUCGCGACAGCACGAUGAAGAUUGACGAGCCCAAGACACCCUACGCCAAGCAGUACGACCCUGCUGAGGACGAGGAGGAGGUUGAGAUGCUCGAUGCUAGGGACCUGAAUGUCGACGAAUUGGACGCGAAGCCGAAGCGGAAGAACAAGGUUGAGGACAUUCCCGAGUUUGAUCUUGGUGAACCUGAGCUGCGGGCGCGUCGAGAGUCUCAGACACCUGAGAGCGAGAAGCGAGUGCUAGUAGAUCCUGAGGAGGACAAGGGCUACCACGGCGAGCUGCCUCCAAACGCCACGCAGGAGGAAAAGGAGAAGCACCGCAAGUUUGAGGAGUUGCGAAAGAAGCACUACGAGAUGAGAAACGUCAAGGAUCUGCUUGGCCACACCGAAGAGGAUGAUGACGAUGAUCAGGUACCACCGCCCAUGCCCAACGGUCAGCGCCCAUCGUAGCGGCAGAAUCGAUUCGCCAGAUUGGUGGAUCCUGAUGAGACUGACGAAUGAACGCUUCUGAUUACGAUUGCUAUGGACAGUUUGGCGGCAUAUCGGUGGAGUUAUCGGAGGU